GAGAGGGAGAGACCGGAUUGGCUCCGCUCUCUGUCCCGGAAGCGGCCCGAGAGAGAGGCUGGCGCGGCCUGGCAAGAUGGGCAAGAAGGAGCGCGGCGAUAAGAAAAAGUCUAAGAAGCGGCACUAUGAGGAGGAGAAUGAGGACGAAUACGACAUCCCAGGCAGAGACUCUCAAGAAGCAGUUCCUUCGGCAGCAGGGAAGCAAGUGGAAGUUUCUCAGAAAAAAGUAGAUGAAUAUGGGGCGAAGGACUACAGGAGCCAGAUGCAUCUCAAGGAUGAUCAUUCCUCCCGCCCGCUGUGGGUGGCUCCUGAUGGCCAUAUUUUCCUUGAAGCCUUUUCACCUGUUUACAAAUAUGCCCAGGAUUUUCUGGUUGCCAUUGCUGAGCCAGUUUGCCGACCCUCCCAUAUACAUGAAUAUAAAUUGACUGCUUACUCUCUCUAUGCUGCUGUUAGCGUGGGUUUACAAACAGAUGAUAUCACAGAGUAUUUGCGGAAGCUGAGUAAAACUGGUGUGCCCGAUGGGAUCAUUCAGUUUAUCAAGCUGUGUACUGUCAGCUAUGGAAAAGUAAAGCUGGUCCUGAAGCACAACAGGUAUUUUGUAGAAAGUGCCCACCCAGAGGUCAUUCAGCAGCUUCUCCAAGAUCCCGUUAUUAGAGACUGUCGACUGAGAAAUGCAGAAGGAGAAGAAACAGAACUCAUAACAGAAACAUUCACCAGCAAAUCAGCUAUCUCCAAGUCCACUGAGAGUGGCAGUGGUCCGUCCACUUCACAAGGGACCGAUGUUCCGAAUAAGCCGGAUGUCCCUGCUGACUUAUUUGAAUUUUAUGAACAAAUGGACAAGGAUGAAGAAGAGGAGGAAGAAACACAGACAGUGUCUUUUGAAGUGAAGCAGGAAAUGAUUGAAGAGCUUCAAAAGCGUUGCAUUCAGCUGGAGUACCCCCUGCUUGCUGAGUACGACUUCAGAAAUGAUUCCGUGAAUCCCGAUAUUAAUAUAGAUUUGAAACCCACAGCUGUUCUGCGACCAUACCAGGAAAAGAGCUUAAGAAAAAUGUUUGGGAAUGGCCGUGCUCGGUCUGGCGUUAUUGUCCUUCCCUGUGGUGCUGGCAAGUCACUUGUAGGAGUAACAGCUGCUUCCACAGUCCGUAAACGAUGCUUGGUGCUGGGCAAUUCUGCUGUCUCUGUGGAACAGUGGAAAGCCCAGUUCAAAAUGUGGUCCACCAUUGAUGACAGCCAAAUCUGCAGAUUUACUUCUGAUGCCAAAGAUAAACCAAUUGGCUGCUCUAUUGCCAUUAGUACCUACUCAAUGUUGGGACAUACAACCAAGCGGUCUUGGGAGGCAGAGAAAGUCAUGGAAUGGUUGAAGAGUCAAGAGUGGGGCCUUAUGAUCCUUGAUGAAGUACACACUAUACCUGCAAAAAUGUUCAGGCGUGUGCUCACCAUUGUUCAAGCCCACUGCAAACUUGGACUGACAGCUACCCUUGUCAGGGAAGAUGACAAAAUUGUAGACUUGAAUUUCCUCAUUGGACCAAAACUGUAUGAGGCCAACUGGAUGGAGCUGCAGAACAAUGGUUAUAUCGCUAAAGUCCAGUGUGCUGAGGUUUGGUGUCCAAUGUCUCCUGAAUUCUACAGAGAGUAUGUGGCUAUUAAAACAAAGAAACGGAUAUUGCUCUAUACAAUGAAUCCAAACAAAUUCAGGGCUUGCCAGUUCCUGAUUAAGUUUCAUGAGCGAAGGAAUGACAAGAUCAUCGUUUUUGCAGACAAUGUGUUCGCUUUAAAGGAGUAUGCGGUUCGACUUGGCAAACCAUAUAUAUAUGGGCCUACAGCACAGGGAGAGAGGAUGCAGAUCUUGCAGAAUUUCAAACACAACCCCAAAAUCAACACAAUUUUCAUCUCCAAGGUAGGUGACACAUCCUUUGAUCUCCCAGAAGCCAAUGUUCUGAUCCAGAUCUCAUCCCAUGGUGGGUCUCGGAGACAGGAGGCCCAAAGACUGGGCCGAGUGCUGAGAGCCAAGAAAGGAAUGGUUGCAGAGGAAUACAAUGCCUUCUUUUAUUCUCUGGUUUCCCAAGACACUCAAGAAAUGGCAUACUCAACCAAGCGGCAGAGAUUUUUAGUAGAUCAAGGCUACAGCUUCAAGGUAAUCACUAAACUUGCAGGUAUGGAAGAUGAAGACCUUAUGUUUUCAUCCAAAGAAGAACAGCAGCAGCUACUUCAAAAGGUUUUGCAAGCCUCUGAUAUGGAUGCUGAGGAAGAGGUGGUUGCAGGAGAGUAUGGUUCAAAGUCAUCUCAGGUUUCCCGACAUUAUGGCACAAUGAGCUCCAUGUCUGGAGCUGAUGAUACAGUUUACAUGGAAUAUCAAGCCUCACGGAGCAAGGCAUCAUCAAGCAAACAUGUUCAUCCACUUUUUAAACGUUUUAGAAAAUGAAAAAAGAAAAAUGGGCUAUGCAUCUUUUUCUUCCAGUAAAGAAGAAAGGGAGACAUAAAUUUGUUUCAGGCCUUAUUUUCUAAAAGGACAAAUAAAUGAAUGAAGUGAAGCAGUACAUUCCUAACUGAAAUGUUAUCUGUGGACUGAAUUAUUAUUUCUAAAUGGCAUUUCAUAGGUAAUAGUAUUUAUGUCAUAUUGUUAAAUAGAUUUCAAUAAUUAUUCUGUAAAAGGGGGGAUUAUUUGUAUUUAUUUUGUUGCCAGUAAAGUAAAAGUUGAAUUACUUAAAAGCACUGAAUAAAAACAUUCUCUAGCAAUGCA